UGCAGUCCUCUGAAGUAAAGUUAGCAGUUUGUCAGUCAGUGAUUUCAGGCCUCACAUGUCUAAACACCCUUCCCCCGACAUCAAGUAGCACAUCAGACUUUACAACACUACAAUUCUCAUUCAGAAAUAAAGUCAAGCUGUUUGUUUAGAGAACUGUAUCAUUUAAUUUAAAAGGUGCAGUCCACUGAAGUAAAGUUAGCAGUUUGUCAGUCAGUGAUUUCAGGCCUCACAUGUCUAAGCACCCUUCCCCCGACAUCACAGUAGCACAUCAGACUUUACAACACAUAUACAAUUCUCAUUCAGAAAUAAAGUCAUAUAAGCUGUUUGUUUAGAGAACUGUAUCAUUUAAUUUAAAAGGUGCAGUCCACUGAAGUAAAGUUAGCAGUUUGUCAGUCAGUGAUUUCAGGCCUCACAUGUCUGAGCACCCUUCCCCCGACAUCACAGUAGCACAUCAGACUUUACAACACAUAUACAAUUCUCAUUCAGAAAUAAAGUCAUAAGCUGUUUGUUUAGAGAACUUUAUCAUUUAAUUUAAAAGGUGCAGUCCACUGAAGUAAAGUUAGCAGGGUCAGCCAGUGAUUAUGUUUACAUGGACAGUAAUAAUCUAAUUACUGACCUUAUUCUAAAUAAUACAGUAUUCAAAUUAAGGUGUUUACAUAAAAUGCUUUUAAUGCUUUCAUGUUCCCAUUUUACAUGUUAUAGAAUAAAUCCAUUAAUCGCAGACAUUAUUACAUCCCCAUGUUACUCCUGAACAACAUAAAGUUCAUCGUUGUUGUGAUACUAUAUUAUUUUUUUAUUUUAAAUAUUACGAAAGCUUAAAGUGCAGUUAAUUAUUUGUUUUAUGUGUUAGAUGUAGGGUUGCUAACUUUGUCACCCUCACCAAAUACAGGACAAAAGGUGGUCUGCUGCAGCAGUGCAGGCAUGGUUUUGUUUGUAUACAGUGUAUUUUGUCCAAAUGAUAGCUAAUCCCUUAAUUAAAAUUGUAUAAUAACUCUUAUGCCUUGGCAACAUACAAUGGGUUUAUUAACAGUUUGUUGGUACAGCAGGUACUUUUAACACAGUCCUUAAAUUGAACCAUUACCGUAUAACGCUGCUGAAAAAAAACAGCAUCAAACCAGCAUGGACCAGCAUGGGAAUUAUGCUGGUCUAUGCUGGUUUAGCUGGUGGUCACAGCAUACCAGCACCAAAACACAACAUAUGCUGGUAUGACCAGCAUGGGAUGCUGGUGCUAAUGCUGGUUUAGCUGGUGCUAAUGCUGGUUUGGUGCUGGUUUAGCUGGUGCUAAUGCUGGUGCUGAUGCUGGUUUGAUGCUGGUUUAGCUGGUGUUCACUAGCAAACCAGCACCAAAACACAACAUAUGCUGGUCUUGCUGGUAUGCUGUUUUUUUCAGCAGGGAAGACAAAACAGUUGUGACUUCUGCACUAAGGGUAAUUAAACGUUAUCCCCUUCAUGUUCAUCUUACAUGUGACAAACUAAAACUAACAUAGAUUCAAUGAUUCUGUGAGCUGUAGUUUUGCAGAGUCAACUUCAAAUACUUUAAUUAAAACACACAGGAUGUGAAUUAGAAGUGUGAGAAUGUCCAAGCAAAGUUGGAAAUGUUUUGUUGGGGCCUUUAAGAUCGAUUUAUUACGCAGGUCUGGAUCAGUGAUCUCUUUGUAAUUGAGACUGAGCAUUUUAAUUAUGAAGAUCUUUGCACAAAUAAUAAAAGGAUAACAUGAUAUCAUAUUAUAUGACCCCCUUUAGCGUAUACUGAUUGUGUUUGAGAUUAUUCUCAAGUGUUCAGCACUGCUUGCUACUUGUUUGACUUCAUGCGGUGCCGCAUGAACAGACAGGCGGAUGACAUCAAAGUACCGCGAGAGCAUUUCGAUAGCAGUCCACUUUGUCUGAAUUCUCAAAUCACUCUUGUUGGAUUUUGUCGUCAUCUGCUUCUCAGUUGUUGUGGAGCCACAAGAAGUCGAGCAAGCCUGUUGUAUCAGUCACUGUUUAGAUCAACGUAGCAGUCAAAAACAAGACAUGGGAGGUCACAUACAGGACUAAAAUCAAUGAGACCCAAAAUACGGACAUGCCGACUAAUACGGGACAGUUGGAAACCUAGCUAGAGGGCCUUUCCUGCUUGAAGCCAUCUGUUUACAGCCAAACGGUUGACCACUGUGUGUGUAUAUGUGUCCAGUCACAAAACUCCCACACAACGUUAGUAUUGUGAUUGAAGUGUGUAGGUCAUGAUGCACUUUGAUAAUGAAGCUAAAAUAUGAAUAUGAAUUUGAUUUGUGUUUACUUUGAUUAUGACUUUAGCCAAAUAAGAGUAAUUAAAAAAAACCACUGUUUACAUCUUAGUUUUGCAGUUGUUUUAUUUGAAUAUUGUUGUGCAUGUAAACAUUGAAACCCACUUGUUUUAGCCACUGAUGCUCCACAUCAGAGCAGCACAUCAAACUGCUAACUACACAACCAGAAGAAAUGAACAGGAGAUUUAGUGUCAUUUGAGGUUAUCAACAUAUAAACAUGCUUUUCAUACUGGAAAAGUUAACACCAGGUUAUUCUAAACCCCGGGUUAACGGAAUCCUGGGUUAUCUGUUUCACGUGUCACACUGUUCGUGCUUAACCAGGGGUUAAGAGAUAACCCUGGGUAUUCAUAAUCUGAAGUUACACAUUGUGUAUUCCUAAACCCUAGGUCAGGUGUCUAAAACCCUGCUCAUACACCUGUCUGUAAUUAUCAAACAACCCUGAACACCUUCUGUUUCAGCUGUGUUCAAUUUGGGUCAAAAGUUAUUAUAUUAUAUUUUUUACUUGUUUAAAAAAGCUUUGUUGCAUGUUUAAUUUUUAUUAGGUAAUAAAAAAGACAGUCCAAUAAGAUAUUGUAGGUGGAGCAGUAAAUGUUCUCAAGAAACAGAGCUUUCAUUAAGCUGUUUUGUUGUAUGUAUUAAAUGUUUUUAAAAGUACAUUCCAUCAAUUAAUUUCCAUGUGGAUUUGUCAACAUUUAGAGGAAUCUCUCUGUAAAUAGCAGUUGUUUUGGACAGUAGCACGAGGUGCUGUGCUGAUCCCCUUGUCUGUAGCGUAACAGCAAAAACACUAAGCUGUGUUCAUACAGCGCUGCGCAGAUCGAACAAGAUAUGACAUCACAGUACCGCGAGAUCAAACUUUAUCAAUACGUGCUCGAAUCGCUCACGCGAUAUUUCAACGUGACAUCCUUUCGGCCUUCCUAUCAACGACACUUUUACUACGCAAGUCAGCAGCAGUGGAUUCGUUUCCCUGGAAAUGCAGACACGUGAUAAUGACAUCACCGCUGUUAGCCCCAAUUUCCCGCGAAGCAGACUACACGCGCUCAUUAUAGGAGGAAAGUCACUGCAGUCACCAUGAUGCUGGGUAUACCAAGGCAGAAAAAACGAAAAAGACCUCAACAGGAUGCUGAGCAUCACAUUACUUGCAAAACAGACAAGCCUGAGCUUUAUGAGCAAGUUAUCAGCAAAUAUAAAGGACGUGGAGUUUUCACCACUGAAGCAUUUUUUAGAGGUGAUUUUGUCCUUGAAUACAGAGGUGAACUUCUGACUUCAGAGGAGAGCCUUGAUCGAUCUAAACUCUACAAUGACGUUGAGAACACAUUCUUGUUUGAUUUUCAGUGGCAUGGCAAAAAUUGGUGCAUGGAUGCAUCCAAGGAAGAUGGGUCUUUGGGAAGACUUGUAAAUGAUGAGCACAGAAAUCCUACAUGCAAAAUAAGAACUGUUGAAGUGAACAAAAAACCUCAUCUGUGUCUUUUUGCUGUACGAGAUAUUCAACCAGGGGAAGAAAUCACUUACAGUUAUGGAGAUUCAGAUUGGCCUUGGCGAGCUAAGGUAUCAUCAACAGAAUCCAGUGAUGAAAGCCCAGUCAGCAGUUUGGAUUUGCAGAAAUUGUUCCAUCAGGCUCCUCCUGUUUCCUCAUCUGCCUUGUAUAAGGUGUACAUCAAUGAACCACAUAAGCAAGUUGAGCCACAACAGUCAGGCAAAGCAAGUACAUCAGAGAAUAAAAUGAAACUCAAAGAUUGCCAUGAGCGCUUUAACAGAGCACAAAUUAAAACGAAAAAGACUGCCAUAGAGCAAUCACAAGAAUAUUUCAUGCCCUCAUCACCUGUGAAGACCACAUCAUGGUCCUCUUCUAAUGUGCAGCCUUCAUCACCUGUGAUGACCACAUCAUCUUCCUCUGCCCUUGUGCAGCCCUCAUCACCUGUGAUGACCACAUCAUGGUCCUCUUCUAAUGUGCAGCCUUCAUCACCUGUGAUGACCACAUCAUCUUCCUCUGCCCUUGUGCAGCCCUCAUCACCUGUGAUGACCACAUCAUGGUCCUCUUCUAAUGUGCAGCCUUCAUCACCUGUGAUGACCACAUCAUCUUCCUCUGCACUUGUGCAGCCCUCAUCACCUGUGAAGACCACAUCAUGGUCCUCUUCUCAUGUGCAGCCCUCAUCACCUGUGAAGACCACAUCAUCUUCCUCUGCACUUGUGCAGCCCUCAUCAUCUGUGAUGACCACAUCAUCGUCUUCUUCUCCUGUGCAGCCCUCAUCACCUGUGAAGACCACAUCAUCGUCCUCUUCUCCUGUGCAGCCCUCAUCACCUGUGAAGACCACAUCAUCGUCCUCUUCUCAUGUGCAGCCCUCAUCACCUGUGAAGACCACAUCAUCUUCCUCUGCACUUGUGCAGCCCUCAUCAUCUGUGAUGACCACAUCAUCGUCUUCUUCUCCUGUGCAGCCCUCAUCAUCUGUGAUGACCACAUCAUCGUCUUCUUCUCCUGUGCAGCCCUCAUCACCUGUGAAGACCACAUCAUCGUCCUCUUCUCCUGUGCAUCCCUCUACACCCUUGCCCUGUGCUGCUUCCACCCCUGUGAUUUCCUCAUCACAGGUGUCUGAGACACUAUCUUUAAUGGAGUAUUCUGGGAGUGCCUACAGUGAUUCAGAUGUUACGGACUACAGUGAUGUUGACUACAUACCCCAGAUCAGCUCAGAUGAAUCAGAUGGAAGUGCUUCUGGACAAAGCAAGGCUGAAAGAAGUUCAGAUGGAUCAAACAAUAAGUCUGAAUGUAGUGAUCCUAGACCCAACAAACGUUUAAGACAUACUAAAUCAACCCUUUCAAAAAGGAAAGCUGAAGAGGCAGGUAGUUCAUCUGCCAAAUGUAUGACAGCAGUGUCAUCAAAAAGGAUGAAAUGCCAAACUGAAGAGACCAAAACCUCAUCUGACAAAAAGACUUUGGUUCAGUCAAUGCCAUCACCACAAAAAAAGAGCAGGUCAUAUAACAAAAAACAGUAUUGCCUUUAUUGCUCUAAGCCAUAUGCAAAAAUGGCAAGACACCUUGAGUUUGUACAUCGCAAUGAAGUAGAGGUUGCAAAGGCUGUAGCUUUCCCAAAACGUUCCAAAGAACGAAGAGUCCAGUUAAACCUUCUUAGAAAAAGGGGCAACUUUGCCCACAACACAGAUGUGGUGAGAAAAGGGGAAGGUGAGAUGAUUGCCUGCUACCGUCCAAAAAAGUGCAAAAACCCCAAAGAAUUUAUCCACUGUAUUCACUGUCAAGGCCUUUACAACAAGCUCAGCCUAUGGAAACACAUUAAAAACUGUCCACUUAAACCGAAGGAUGAUGAUGCUCAGGGCAGAAAAAGAGUAAGAUCUCUUUGUGCCCUAAAAACACCUGUUGGCUUAGAGGUGAGUAAAGGUUUCAAGAAAGUACUUUCCCUGAUGAACUAUGACGAAGUUUCAAGGGUGAUUCAUAGUGACAGAUGCAUCAUGCAACUGGGAGAGCACAUGUUUAACAGGAUGGGAUCUGAUGUGACCAAACAUGACUACAUCCGACAGAAAAUGAGAGAAGUUGGCAGACUUCUUCUUGAAGCAAGAAGGAUAACCCCACUGAAAACAAUGGAGGACUUCAUGAUACCAGCAAACUUCAAACAUGUCAUAUCAGCUGUGAAAGUUGUGUCUGGCUUUGACGAAGAGAAGAACUCUUACCGCAUUCCCUCUUUAGCCCUCAAACUUGGACAUUCUUUAAAAAAGAUCUGUAGCAUUGUUGAAAGUAAUGCGAUGAUGUAUGGAGACCAUGAGCGUGCUGAGUGUGCUCGAGACUUCAGAAAAGUACACCAAGCAAGGUGGAAUGAAUACAUUUCUGCUGGUGCUAUAACUACAUUGAAGGAAGCCAAGUGGAAUGCACCACAGAUCAUUCCUUUCACUCAGGAUGUCAAAGUCCUGCACGCACAUCUAGAAAAGAAACGGGAUAAAUUCCUUAAUAAACUUAAAAACUGCCCCUCUGCAGACAGCUAUGCUGCUUUGGCCAAAGUCACACUCUCCCAAGUUAUCCUGUUCAAUAGACGAAGAGAAGGUGAGGUGUCACGGAUGCUUUUGUCAGCUUUUCAAAGCCGGGAUUCUUCUGAGCUGCAUGAAGACAUAGCCAUCUGUCUUUCUGAGUUCGAGAGGAAGCUGUGUAAACACUUUACCAGAGUAGAGAUCCGUGGUAAGCGAGGGAGAAAGGUCCCUGUCCUCCUCAAACCUUCAUUGGUUUCUGCCAUGGAGCUGCUUGUUGAAACACGUGAGGUUUGUGGUGUCCCAAAUGAGAAUCCUUUUAUGUUUGCCAGAUCUGGUGCAAUGUCUGCCUACAGAGGAGGAGAGUGCAUAACUAAAGCUGCUCGUGAAUGUGGCAUUAAGAAUCCUGAAGCUCUUUCCUCAACCAGGCUCAGGAAACACAUAGCUACCAUGUCAAAGAUUCUCAACCUUGAUGAAAAUGAAGCAGAUCAACUGGCUGAUUUUCUCGGUCACGAUAUAAGGAUCCACAGACAGUAUUACCGGUUACCAGAGGGGACAUUGCAGCUGGCAAAAAUGAGUAAGGUCUUAAUGGCAAUGGAGAAAGGAACGCUGUCCAGCUUUAAAGGAAAGAGACUUGAUGACAUUGAAAUCGACCCAAAUGAGCAACUUGAGGCCGAAGGUGAUACAAUGUCAAGUGAUGAAGAGGAUUGUAGUGACCUACCUCAGACAACAUCACCAGUACCAGCAGAGACUGAUCAACCAUCUGCUUCCCAGAAAGAUCAAGGUUCAUCAAUACCUCCGAAAAGAAAAUGGGAAGAAGUUGAGGUAAAAGCUGUUGAAAAACACAUGAUGAAGUUCAUAAAGACAUGCAAAGUUCCUGGUAAGCAAGACUGCGAGAGAUGCAUUCAAGCAGAGCCAGAAGCCUUGAAGGAACGUACGUGGACUGGUGUGAAAAAUUAUGUGCGAAACAGGAUCACCACUUUAAAAAAACAGGGUGGAUUGUAGGGGAGCAAAUAAAAACACUUUUUUUCUUUUUACUGUAAAAAACAGAGCAUGGUGAGGAAAAGUUGCCAUGUUACAAAAACAUAAAAUAAUGAAUGUCUUUUCUAGAAUAACUUUUUAAUAUGUUUAGGGCUGCAAAAUGAUGAAUUAUGACCAAUCGUUUGCAGAAUAAUUUUUUUUUACAUCAUAUGUGUGUAUUGUGUAUAAUAAUUAUCUAUAUAUAAAUACACACACAUGCAUGUUUAUAUUUAAUAAAUAUAAAAAUGUAUAAACACAUGUAAAUGUUUAUAUGUAUUUUAUAUUAUAUAAACACUUAAAAUAUAAAUAGAUUUUGUUUCUUCAAAUUAUACAUUCAUGUGUGUGUAUGAGCUACAUAAUUAUUAUACACAGUACACACAUAUAUGAUGUAAACAAAAGCUUUUCUUCUGCAAACGAUUCAUCAUUUUGUAUGUUUGUAAUAUAUAAUAGGUUCCUUUCAGACAAACUGUCUUUAUACUUUACACAUCAUGCUCUGUUUUUUAAAAAUGAGUGAAAAUAGUAAGGAAGAGUAAAGGUGUAUGAAGAGGGAGAAUUUGUUUGAGUACAGGAGGAAACAGAAUAUUAAUGAGGUAAGCAAGACAGGAGAAGAGAGAGGAUUGAAUGUAAUGGUAAUUUCUGUAAAAAGCUGAGGAAAGCAAAAAGAACAAGCUGCACUGACAAAUUUCUCAUUUUCAUUCUUUGUUUACAUGCAUGUUUACAUGUUGUUAUAUGUUUACAUGUUGCUAUUUUUUUCUGUCAUUCAUUCUGUUCUAUAUGCACUUUUAAAAUAUGUCAGUAUUGUUUAUUUCCUUUAAUUGUAAUUACAAUAGUUCAAUGUAGACAGAAGUUAAUUGAGUGAACUGAAAGUAAAGAGAUAAAAGGAGAAGCAAAGAUAAAAGAGAAGAGGGAGGAGCAAAAGGAAAGUGAAGUGGGAGGAGCAAGGUAGAAGGCAAGAAAGUAAAGGUGAAGAAAAGAGUGAAAGAGUUCAUAUCAGUUUCAUUGAUUAUACUGUCCUAUAUUUUAUACUGACACUUUUAUUGGCAAACUAAAAUGCACUUAACUUUUAAGUAACUGUGUUUAUGGUUAAGUGCUGUUACUGGUAUUGCCAAAACUUCUGACAUUUAUAGCAUGCAUUUGCAUGGUAAAUAAAUGGUUUGGAAGUCAUUUUUCCUUGUUUUCUUGUAGUCCUCAAAGUGACUUAAAAUCUGAGUUUGUGUAUGACCAGAGACCCCGAAGUGACCUAAAAUCUGAGUUUGUGUAUAAACCAAAGUCCUCAAAGUGACCUAAAAUCUGAGUUUGUGUAUCAACCAAAGUCCCCAAAGUGACUAAAAAUCUGAGUUUGUGUAUCAACCAAAGCCCUCAAAGUGACUUAAAUUCUGAGUUUGUGUAUCAACCAAAGUCCUCAAAGUGACUUAAAAUCUGAGUUUGUGUAUCAACCAAAGUCCCCAAAGUGACUUAAAAUCUGAGUUUGUGUAUCAACCAAAGUCCCCAAAGUGACUUAAAAUUUGAGUUUGUGUA